CCCGAAGAAUCUACAUUUCUAUUGGUCUAUCAGUCUAAGCCCCGCCUCCUUCAAACUAGCAUUAAUACUAUUGAGGGCACACUGCCGGGGAGUAGAGCAAAACAACAACGAAGAUGAUCAACUGGAAGGCUUUAGACAACGUCCCCCUCCUCUUCUACAUCCUGGCCCUGAAGACGCUGCUGCUGUGCCUGGGCUUCGCCGGGGUCAAGAUUUACCAGAGCAGGAAGGCGGACGAGGCGCUGAAGAAGCAGCAGGCCGAGAAGAGGAGGCUGGCCCAGCAGGCGCAGGAGCUCAUCGACAACUUGAAGGAGGACUGAGAAGGGUCCAGAGAAGCUGAUCAAGCUUCUUGCAACGAGUCGGGAGAACCAGAAAGAGGAAAGAGGAAGACUGUGUUGCUCUUCUGGAGAUUUGCUGUUCCACAUCAGGAUGUUGAACCACACUAGUUUUACAACUUUAUUUAUAAAUCUGUUUUUUUUAUAAGAAGAAAGGGAAGGGAGACACCAUGAAGAUAGGACUGAUGCUUAACCAAGACACCCCAGUCUGCUGAUACUCGAGUUUUUACUCUGUCAAAUACUUUCUGCUUAUUUUUAUAAUCCCAUUAAACGGUUUGUUCCUCACGA